GCCCGCGGAUAUAAAUGCUUCACAUGUCUCUGGGUAGAUCAGUUGCAAUCUUGUGAGAAUUCUUCACUCAUCUAAUCGUUAUCAGUUGGAAAACUUAGUUGAAAAAUGUCGUCGACUAUGUUGGUUUUUGUGGCGGUUUUGUGCGUUUCGGCAGUGCUGGCUAAGCCUGCCGAUAAGUACACGACCAAGUACGACAACAUCGACCUGGAUGAAGUGCUCAGCAACCAGCGUCUGUUCGACAGCUACUUCAAGUGCCUGAUGGGUGGCAAGUGCACUCCCGACGGACAGGAGCUCAGAGAUGCCCUUCCCGACGCCCUCGCUACCGCGUGUGAGAAAUGCAGCGAGAAGCAGAAAGAAGGCACUGAGAAGGUGAUGAAGUUCCUCAUCGAGAAGAAGCCGACCGAGUUCGCUGAGCUGGAGAAGAAGUACGAUCCUCAGGGCACCUACAGACAGAAGUACAAGGCUGAAGCUGACAAGAGAGGCUACAGCGAGUCUCAGUACACCACCAAGUACGACAACAUCAACCUGGAUGAGAUUCUCACGAACGAGCGUCUUUUCGACAGCUACUUCAAGUGCCUGAUGGGUGGCAAGUGCACCCCUGAUGGACUCACUUUGAGAGAGAUUCUUCCUGACGCCCUGGAGACAGCCUGCUCCAAGUGCAGCGACAGACAAAAGGCCGGAACUCAGAGGGUGUUCAAGUUCCUGCUGGAAAAGAAGCCAGAUGCAUUCGAGGAGCUAGCAAAGAAGUAUGAUCCCAGGGGCAUGUACAAGGCUAAAUAUGAAGCUGAUGCCAAGAAAAUGGGCAUCAAUGUCUAGAAACUCAUUCUCAGAUAAAAACUAUCAAACACCGUACUUCUCAAUUUCAACUUUCU